AUGGCAUCAGCUAGACAAGAUAAACCUUGUGCUGAAUGUCAAAUUGGAGUAGCUACGUGUAAUGGAUGUGAUAAACGAUUUUGUCUGCCUCAUUUUAUGGAACAUCGACAACAGCUCGAUAAACAAAUGGAUGAGGUUGUGCAAGAACAUAACCAACUGCGAGACGCUCUCAGUCAGCACAGCAAUACUUCACAACUUUUCUCUCGAAUUAAUGCAUGGGAACAAGCAUCGAUUAGAAAAAUUACAGCUGCGACCGAGCAAGCUCGAGCAGAUCUUCAAGAAUUUUGUGAUCGUACAAAACAUCGGAUGGGAGAUUCCCUUGGUAAAAUAGCUGAUCAGUUGAAAUCAAAGCAAAAAUCUAACCUUUAUACAGAAAAAGAAAUUGGCGGAUGGAUAAAACAGUUGGAUGAAUUACGAAAGAUGCUUGAGGAACCAAUGAAUAUCGAUAUUAUAGAUGAUAAAGACAUACGUUCAUCUAUUCGAAUGAUCAAAGUGAUAGAGAAGUCCAAUAGUGAAGAGCUUCUUAUGCCUAAUGAAAUGACAGUCCCGCCCAAAGCACCCACAGUCAGAAUGUCGACAGAGGAUACUUCGAAGACUACUUCAAAGUCAUCGAACGAAAAGCAUUUCGUCUGUCCAUUUCAGGGUGCUUGUCAUUCAACAUCUUUCUCAGAUAUGCUUGCCAGCCAGUAG